GCACACCACUCCUCUUUGCUUUUGUUUGGCCCUGACGGCUCGCUGUCCUAGUGCCCAGCGGGUUGCUAUAGAGACCGGCGAGCGCUGGGCCUGGGAACUCUAAAGAGACGUGCAGCCGUACCCCAGUGGACUCCUGGGGACCAGAGCACCAUGUCUUUCCGCGACCUCCGCAAUUUCACAGAGAUGAUGAGAGCCUUGGGAUACCCACGACAUAUUUCAAUGGAGAAUUUCCGCACACCCAACUUUGGGCUUGUCUCUGAAGUGCUUCUGUGGCUUGUGAAAAGGUAUGAGCCACAGACUGACAUCCCUUCAGACAUUGAGACCGAACAAGACCGAGUUUUCUUCAUUAAGGCAAUUGCCCAGUUCAUGGCCACAAAGGCACAUAUCAAACUCAACACUAAGAAACUUUAUCAAGCAGAUGGGUAUGCCGUGAAAGAGCUGCUGAAGAUCACAUCCGUCCUCUACAAUGCUAUGAAGACCAAAGGCAUGGAGGGCUCUAACGUAGGAGAGGAAGACAUCAGCAAAUUCAAGUUUGAUCUUGGCUCUAAGAUUGCAGAUUUGAAAGCAGCCAGACAACUUGCUUCUGAAAUCACUGCCAAGGGAGCAUCUCUGUAUGACUUGCUGGGAAAAGAGGUUGAGCUCAGGGAACUGAGAACAGAAGCCAUUGCUAGACCCCUAGAAAUAAAUGAGACUGAAAAAGUGAUGAGAAUUGCAAUAAAAGAUAUUUUGGCUCAGGUUCAGAAGACUAAGGACCUGCUCAAUAAUGUGGCCUCUGAUGAAGCCAACCUAGAAGCUAAAAUUGAAAAGAGGAAAUUAGAACUGGAAAGAAAUCGGAAGCGACUACAGACCCUGCAGAGUGUCAGGCCGGCCUUUAUGGAUGAGUACGAAAAGGUUGAGGAAGAGUUACAGAAGCAGUAUGACAUUUAUCUCCAGAAGUUUCGGAACCUGGCUUACCUGGAGCAGCAGCUUGAGGAUCACCAUCGGCUGGAGCAGGAGAGGUUUGAAGAAGCUGAAAAUACUCUCCGUCUGAUGCAGAAUAAGCUAAAGGAAGAGGAAAAGCGACUGCUCAAGAGUGGAAGUAAUGAUGACUCAGACAUAGACAUCCAAGAGGAUGAUGAAUCCGAUAGUGAGCUGGAGGAGAGGCGGCUGUCCAAGCCCAGGACAGCUAUGGAGGUGCUCAUGCAAGAAGUGCAGAGUUGGGACAUGGUGACACAAACCUGUAAUCCCAUCACUCUAGAGGCUGAAGCAACAUCAAGAGUUCAAGGAAGGCCCAGCAAACGCAUCGUGGGCACAAUGCAAGGUGGAGACUCUGAUGAAGAUGAAGACUCAGAGGACAGUGAAAUUGACAUGGAAGAUGAUGAAGAAGAUGAUGACGAUUUGGAAGAUGAAAGCAUUGCUCUCUCACCAUCUAAGCCCAGUCGAAGGGUCCGGAAACCUGAGCCCCUGGAUGAGAGUGACAAUGACUUCUGACCUUCUUGCCAAGGGACCCAGGCAGAUUAAAAGCCUCAGAUUUAUAGGUAAACAGGGAGUCAGCAGGCUGGAAAGGUAACAUGCAUUUUGUUCACUACACCACCUGGCGUAACUGUCACUGAAACGAACCCCAACAAAGAUUUUCUUUUGUCCUGUUUCCUAACACUUGUGAAACACAUGUGCUCUAGGUAAUUCAAAUCUAUAAGAAAAGCCCAUGAGGAGAAAUACAGACUGACAACCAUGUAACUCUUGGCUGCUGUUAUUAUUAAACUAAUUUUCCUUGA